CUGCAGGUUUUGCUGACAUUAAGUUUAUGUUCUCUCUCUGUUUCUUCUCUUCAUAGCAGCUACACCUGGGCUCAUUUCUGUUUAGCUGUGACCCCUUCCUGGAGGGAAGCUGAGCUACUGCUGCCAACAACAUCAGGUUCCCCUUCAGUGGAUCACACACCUGGAUCCACUCCGGCCACAUGCAGAACAAAGACUGAACUAAACACAGGAACAACAGAGACUGGUGAAACCCCUGAAUCCCAGUAGGCCCAGUAUGAACCCAUCUUCAUGAUGAGCUCCUAGGAAGGAGGCGAUGUCUCUGAAAGCAGCCAAAGACCUGAACUGUGACGUUCAGGAAGUAGCAGAUAAAAAAGCUUAAAGUAGGAAGUGUUCAGAGUUUGGAGCCACAUCCUGAUCACAUCAAGAGACGAAGCUUCACUCCACAUCCAGAGGAAACAUGGACCAAACAGCUCUGAUGCUGCUUCUGUGUCUCUGCAGCUCAGCGCUGUCUGAUGAACUCAGACUGGUAGCAGGAAGGAGUCGCUGUGUUGGCAGACUGGAGAAGAAGGAUCUGGGAGACUGGGAACCAGUGAUUGAUUGGAACUGGGACUUAACAUCAGCAGCUGGAGCUUGCAGACAGCUCCACUGUGGAUCUGUGGUGUCGUUACAAAGAGAUAAGAGCUACAAUGUAGAGAUCGUCUGUUCAGACUCAGUCAGGCUGGUUCAAGGGACCAACCGGUGCUCAGGCAGACUGGAGGUGAAGACCAACCGGUCGUGGUCCUCAGUGUGUGAAAAAGACUUUGACCUGCAGGAUGCAGAGGUGGUCUGCAGGGAGAUUAGCUGUGGGCCUCCUUCAGUCCACCAGGGGGCGCUCUAUGGAGAAGCAGAGGCUACAGUGGGGAGCAGAGAGUUCCUGUGUGAAGGCAGUGAGUCUGCUCUGCUGAACUGCAGCAGCAGGAAGAGUUCAGGUAGAAACAGCUGCUCACCUGGUCAAGCUGUUGGACUCACCUGUUCAGAAAACUUCAGGUUGGUGGGAGAGGCCAGCCGAUGUGCCGGGAGACUGGAGAUGUUACAUCAAGAAGAGUGGAGACCAGUGGAUGUUUCGUCUAGUUACUGGGACAUGAACUCAGUUGCUGCAGUUUGUGCUGAACUGGACUGUGGUUCUGCUGUUUCAGCAAGAAAUUCAGAGGAAGCUUCAAAGAGACCAGUUUGGUGGAUCAUGUCUGGCUGUUUCCACUCAGGAUCUGCAUUAAAGAAUUGUUUACCUUCUGAUGGAAACAGUGUUUCGCGCCUUUACUUCAUCUGCUCAGACUCAGUCAGGCUGGUUCAAGGGACCAACCGGUGCUCAGGCAGACUGGAGGUGAAGACCAACCAGUCGUGGUCCUCAGUGUGUGAAAAAGACUUUGACCUGCAGGAUGCAGAGGUGGUCUGCAGGGAGAUUGGCUGUGGGCCUCCUUCAGUCCACCAGGGGGCGCUCUAUGGAGAAGCAGAGGCUCCAGUGGGGAGCAGAGAGUUCCUGUGUGAAGGCAGUGAGUCUGCUCUGCUGAACUGCAGCAGCAAUCAAGACAACUUCAGCAAGAGAUUCAAAGGAAGCUUCAGAGAGACCAGUUUGGGGGAUCUGGUCUGA